AUGAUCUUGAAGUCCAAAUAUUUACCAAAGGUGUUUUCAUCAACUAAACCACCUUAUCAAUCGAAAUUGAAAAAUGAACCAGAAAAUAUUACCAAUGAAAAAUAUAUAAAUGAAAAGAUCAAUAAAUUAUAUGAAAAAUAUGAUGGAAAACUGAAAGAAUUAACAGAAAUAGAAACUGCGAAACCGAAGUGUUCUCAUCGAAUUGAAAAUCAAUUAGAUGAUAAUUCUGCUGAUGGUUUUGCUGAGUUGGUUCAAGAACUUGGAGUAGAUCCAGCUGAUGUUUUACACGUGAAAAAAAAUACAGCGACGGCAACUGUCAGGGCAUUGUUAAAAUUGAUGUAUCCGAACCCACCGUCAUAUUUUCGUUUAAGAAAUCUUGGGGAGAAAACAAUCCAAUUGAUAAUGGAUUCAGCUGUUAAUGGUCAACGUGGUGAUUAUCAUGGAAGAGGAGAAGAAGGUAGUGGUGGUAAUUAUAAUAAUUAA